AUGGUCAUAUAUCGCGUUGAUUUUGUUUUUCCAUUACAGAAAUUUGGUUCAUCAUCAUCAUCAUCAUCAUCAUCAUCAUCAUCAUCAUCAUCAUCAUCAUCAUCAUCAUCAUCAUCAUCAUCAUCAUCAUCAUCAUCAUCAUCAUCAUCAUCAUCAUCAUCAUCAUCAUCAUCAUCAUCAUCAUCAUCAUCAUCAUCAUCAUCAUCAUCAUCAUCAUCAUCAUCAUCAUCAUCAUCAUCAUCAUCAUCAUCAUCAUCAUCAUCAUCAUCAUCAUCAUCAUCAUCAUCAUCAUCAUCAUCAUCAUCAUCAUCAUCAUCAUCAUCAUCAUCAUCAUCAUCAUCAUCAUCAUCAUCAUCAUCAUCAUCAUCAUCAUCAUCAUCAUCAUCAUCAUCAUCAUCAUCAUCAUCAUCAUCAUCAUCAUCAUCAUCAUCAUCAUCAUCAUCAUCAUCAUCAUCAUCAUCAUCAUCAUCAUCAUCAUCAUCAUCAUCAUCAUCAUCAUCAUCAUCAUCAUCAUCAUCAUCAUCAUCAUCAUCAUCAUCAUCAUCAUCAUCAUCAUCAUCAUCAUCAUCAUCAUCAUCAUCAUCAUCAUCAUCAUCAUCAUCAUCAUCAUCAUCAUCAUCAUCAUCAUCAUCAUCAUCAUCAUCAUCAUCAUCAUCAUCAUCAUCAUCAUCAUCAUCAUCAUCAUCAUCAUCAUCAUCAUCAUCAUCAUCAUCAUCAUCAUCAUCAUCAUCAUCAUCAUCAUCAUCAUCAUCAUCAUCAUCAUCAUCAUCAUCAUCAUCAUCAUCAUCAUCAUCAUCAUCAUCAUCAUCAUCAUCAUCAUCAUCAUCAUCAUCAUCAUCAUCAUCAUCAUCAUCAUCAUCAUCAUCAUCAUCAUCAUCAUCAUCAUCAUCAUCAUCAUCAUCAUCAUCAUCAUCAUCAUCAUCAUCAUCAUCAUCAUCAUCAUCAUCAUCAUCAUCAUCAUCAUCAUCAUCAUCAUCAUCAUCAUCAUCAUCAUCAUCAUCAUCAUCAUCAUCAUCAUCAUCAUCAUCAUCAUCAUCAUCAUCAUCAUCAUCAUCAUCAUCAUCAUCAUCAUCAUCAUCAUCAUCAUCAUCAUCAUCAUCAUCAUCAUCAUCAUCAUCAUCAUCAUCAUCAUCAUCAUCAUCAUCAUCAUCAUCAUCAUCAUCAUCAUCAUCAUCAUCAUCAUCAUCAUCAUCAUCAUCAUCAUCAUCAUCAUCAUCAUCAUCAUCAUCAUCAUCAUCAUCAUCAUCAUCAUCAUCAUCAUCAUCAUCAUCAUCAUCAUCAUCAUCAUCAUCAUCAUCAUCAUCAUCAUCAUCAUCAUCAUCAUCAUCAUCAUCAUCAUCAUCAUCAUCAUCAUCAUCAUCAUCAUCAUCAUCAUCAUCAUCAUCAUCAUCAUCAUCAUCAUCAUCAUCAUACAUUUUAAAUAUUGCAAGUUAA